AUGGCCGCCCCCAUCCCCGAGAACCUCUAUCAUGUCAUCCUGUCAACCUCGCACAUCAGCAAGGACCCGAACAAUGUGAUCGAAAAGGUGCGCAUCCCAGGCACCUACGUGUCGCUGCUAGCCGCCAAGGCGGCCGCACACACCUGCCUCUACGACGCAGGCUACGAGCGGGAGUUCUUCGCCGAGUACGAGACGAAGAAGGAGGUGUUUGAGGCGGAGAACCUGCCGGAGCGGCAGGGGCUGGCGGUGUACGCGGUGGCGCAGGACGGGACGCAGUUCCGGGUGCGCAUCGACACGACGCCGAACGAGCGGCAGCUGCAGACCGACUGCGAGGACGGGCGGGUGUCGGCACCGCUGUACUAUGUGAUCCAGACGAUCGUGGAGUACGGCAGCGGACCGGAAGCGACGAGCGAGGUGCGGGAGUUGAGCGUGCAGGGGACGUUUGAGAAUUACCGCGAGGCGCGGCAGCACGCGGAGACGGUGCUGCUGUCGGAGGAGGACAAGGUGGGCAAGGACAGCUACGCGGCGUAUGACGAGGCCGCGGCGGACGCGACGGACUGCGGGUAUGGGGAGAAUGUGGUGGUGCAUGCGACGGGGCAGUAUGGGGAGAAUUAUCUGAUCAGUGUGAUUCAGACGCAGGAGCUCAAGGGGGUGGCUUUGGCGGAGGCGGCUAUGCGGAUUGGUUAG